CCUCACAGCUUCACCAGCUGUUAUAAAACCACCUUACAAAACCUGACGUUUUAUAACAGCGUGUUUAGAAACGUGACGAAGUCUCCGUGAGCAUUAGAAGCUGAAAGAGACACGGACCUGAGGACAAACCUCUGAAACAUCUUUCUGUUCCAGACAAAAGGACAUUAUCGAAGACGACAAUUAUGUCCAACGCUGCCCCUCGUACCGUCAUAUGUUUACUAAGAAACGACCUGCGUGUCCACGACAAUGAGCUUUUCCACUGGGUUCAAACAAAUGCAGAGUACGUUGUCCCAGUGUACUGCUUCGACCCCAGACAUUAUGUGGGAACGUACAACUACAACCUGCCAAAGACUGGGCCUUUCCGCCUGCGCUUCUUACUGGAGAGUGUCAGAGACCUCAGAAACACAUUGCUCAGCAUGGGCAGUAACCUUGUGGUGAGACGGGGUAAACCAGAGGACGUUAUCGCCGAGCUCAUCAAACAACUGCAAUCUGUCACCACUGUGGCUUUCCACAAAGAGGUAACUUCAGAAGAGCUGAAUGUGGAGAAAAAGUUGAAAGAGGUCUGUGACCAGAUGGAAGUCCAAGUUCACAUCUGCUGGGGGUCUACACUGUAUCACAGGGAUGAUCUUCCUUUUCACCACAUGUCUGGGCUGCCUGAUGUGUACACUCAGUUCAGAAAGGCAGUGGAGAUCCAGAGCAGGGUAAGGCCCCUGUUCCCAACCCCCAGGCAGCUAAAGCCUCUUCCUCCAGGACUGGAGGAAGGAGCCAUUCCUACAGCAGCGGACCUGCAGCAGAAAGAGCCUGUAACUGAUCCUCGCUCAGCCUUCCCCUGUAAUGGUGGUGAAAGUCAGGCUCUGGCCAGACUCAAACACUAUUUUUGGGACACUGAUGCAGUUGCAACUUACAAAGAGACUCGUAAUGGCUUGAUUGGUGUGGACUAUUCCACUAAAUUUGCACCUUGGCUGGCAAUGGGUUGCAUUUCACCAAGGUAUAUUUAUCAUCAGAUCAAGCAGUAUGAGAAGGAGCGGACAGCCAAUCAGAGCACAUACUGGGUGAUUUUUGAACUUUUGUGGAGGGAUUACUUCAAGUUUGUGGGUGUCAAAUACGGAAACAGACUAUUUCAGCUCAAAGGACUUCAAGACAAAUCUGUGCCAUGGAAAAAGGACAUGGAGCUUUUUAAUGCAUGGAAAGAGGGACGUACUGGAGUGCCCUUCGUGGAUGCCAACAUGAGAGAACUGGCAGUGACUGGUUUCAUGUCCAACAGGGGGCGGCAAAAUGUUGCUAGCUUCCUUACAAAGGAUCUGGGACUUGACUGGAGGAUGGGAGCUGAGUGGUUUGAAUACCUUCUGAUUGAUUAUGACGUCUGCAGUAACUAUGGCAACUGGCUAUAUAGUGCUGGCAUAGGAAAUGACCCCAGAGAGAACAGGAAGUUCAACAUGAUCAAGCAAGGCCUUGACUAUGACAGUAACGGUGACUACAUCCGGCAGUGGGUUCCAGAGCUGCAAAAUAUCAGAGGAAGUGACGUGCACACUCCCUGGACCCUCAGCAGUGCUGUACUGUCACAUGCUCACGUGUCCCUUGGUGAAAACUACCCCACCCCCAUUGUGAUUGCACCUGAAUGGAGAAGACAUAUUAACAAACCGAGUGGCACGGGACUUUCAGCAAGAGGAAAGAAAAACUCAUCUCAUACCCCAGAACCGCAUCGGGGCAGAGGCAUGGAUUUCUAUUUCUCCAGAAGCAAAAACCUGUAAUGCCAGCACUAUAUACGGAUGAUGAUCAGAGGACGGCCGCUCUCAGAAUGCACUGUUGGAUUGGUGCUGUAAAAUCUGUGUUGCACUGGUUGCUUGCAAUAAGGUGUCCAAUGAGAAUUCGAGGAAAUGCUUUUUCUCACAUAUGCUUGAAAACUUGACUGGUCUACAUUGAUGCCAUCAGUUGUACUGAAAAAUUGGCCUCAUAAAGCACUUGUCUUAGACUGUUUGGUACAUUUUCUGUAAUGCUGCAGCAAAAAUAAAAGCCACACUGAUUUUGUUUUGAUGCAGUAGAUAUAAUGAUCUGCCUGCUUGUCUUGCAGGUUCUUUUUCAUGCAGUUUCUUGUGUGUUUGGGUGUUUUCAUCUAAAAGUUUUGCCUGUUUGUGGCAGGUUACAAAAAAACUUUCAGUACUGAAUCUUAAAAUGCUGAUAUAUUUACUAAAAGAAGGAGGUAAAGCAAAACU